CACUAGGCCAAUUUUGAUCAGUCUUUAGUGAGUCACAAUAGCGCUGUAACAGGAGUACUCGGUCACAGGAUAACACACCUCACAGUCACAGCCAACCACGGUCAUAAAAAAGGCCCCGCACCACUCAAAGUCCCAGGAGCUAAUCAGGGCCUCCCCACUGCGCAGACACCCAGCCCUGUCACUCACUAUCACACACAUACACUCUCAUAAUCAUAUCCUACGCUGACGCAGUCACAGAAUCGCACACCCACUCACAAUCACCUUCCUCUGAAGGUGACUAACACAGACCCAAGGGGACUCCUGCCUUCCUUUGACCCAUCUGCACAAGGGAAACUCCGGGCCUCCUACGGACUCUUCUGUUUCCAAAAGAAGAGCACAAAAGAGAAGGUUCAUCUCUUGCAAAUCUCAAAGCCAUGCCUCAGGAUGAACUAGAGUAUGCCCUUACAGGGAUCAGUGUCAUUCAAGGAUGUGACUGUGGACUUCACCCAGGAAGAGUGGCAGCAACUGGACUCUGAUCAGAAGGCCCUCUACAGGGACGUCAUGUUGGAAAACUAUUGCCACCUCAUCUCUGUGGGAUUUCACAUGACUAAGCCUGAUAUGAUCCGCAAGUUAGAAGAAGGAGAAGAACUAUGGACAACAGAGAGAAUUUUUCCAAGUCAGAGCUACCUGGAGAGCCCAGCUGUGUAUUGCAGCUCCUUUGUUUCACACUCCAAAUCAUCCUCCCAGUCUCGUGCAGAUUUGCCCACCUUUGGAUCCUCUGAUGCACAGAUCUCUCAGAUGUGCUUGUGUGCAGAAGAUGGGAAAGCUGAAGAUGUUUUAAUGAAGUUAAAAGAGUACCAAGAUAGUCAUUUUAGAUCAAUUGUAUUCAUCAACCACAAAAGACUAAUUAAGGAAAGAAGUAAUAUUUUGGAGAAAACACUUACCGUAGGCAAGAACUGUAUUAUUUCAAAAAGAACACUGCAUGAACAUAAACCUGAUGGAAGGGUUUUGAAAAAUAUUUCAGAAUUAGUCAUUAGAAAUAUCAGCCCUGUAAGAGAGAAGCUUGGUGAGAGUAAUGGAUGGGAGAAAUCAUUCCUCAAUACUAAGCAUGAGAAAAUUCAUACUGCAGCGAGUCUUUAUAAACAAACAGAAAGGAGUCUGAGUGGUAAACAAGAGCUUAUUCAACAUCAUAAGGUUCAAACUCCACAGCAAUCAUUUGAACAUAAUGAAUGUGAAAAAUCCUUCCUUAUAAAAGGAAUGUUAUUUACACAUACUAGAGCUCAUAGAGGAGAAAGACCGUUUGAAUGCAAUAAAGAUGGAAUAGCCUUCAUCAAAAAGUCAAAUCCCAGUGUCCAUCCACAAAAUCUUAUGGAGAAGAAACCCCAUGCAUUUAGCAAAUAUGGGAAAUUCCUCUGCAGGAAGUCCAUUUUUAUUAUACAUCAGAGAUCUCAAACAGAAGAGAAACCCUUUCAGUGUCCUUACUGUGGGAAUAGCUUUAGAAGGAAGUCUUAUCUCAUUGAACAUCAGCGAAUUCACACAGGUGAGAAGCCGUAUGUUUGCAAUCAGUGUGGAAGAGCCUUCCGUCAAAAGACAGCCCUCACUCUUCAUGAGAAAACACACAUAGAGGGGAAACCCUACAUUUGUAUGGAUUGUGGGAAGUCAUUCCGCCAGAAGGCAACCCUCACUAGACAUCACAAAACACAUACAGGAGAGAAAGCCUAUGAAUGUAUUCAAUGUGGGAGUGCUUUUAGAAAGAAGUCGUACCUCACUGAUCAUCAGAGAACUCACACAGGAGAGAAACCAUAUCGAUGUAAUGAAUGUGGGAAGGCAUUUAUCCAGAAGACAACCCUCACUGUCCACCAAAGAACUCACACAGGAGAGAAACCCUAUAUUUGUAAUGAAUGUGGGAAGUCUUUCUGUCAAAAGACAACCCUCACUCUCCAUCAAAGAAUUCAUACAGGGGAAAAGCCCUAUAUUUGUAAUGAAUGUGGGAAGUCUUUCCGCCAGAAGGCAAUUCUCACUGUCCAUCAGAGAAUACAUACAGGAGAGAAAUCCAAUGGAUGUCCUCAGUGUGGGAAAGCAUUUAGUAGGAAAUCAAACCUCAUUCGCCAUCAGAAAACCCACACAGGAGAGAAACCAUAUGAAUGUAAAGAAUGUGGGAAGUUCUUCAGUUGUAAGUCAAACCUCAUUGUCCAUCAGAAAACUCACAAGGUAGGAACCAUGGGAAUAUAAUAAAAGAUGUGACUUUUUUGUAAAAACUUUCAAAGUCAUAGUAAACCCUGUACAUAAUGUUGCUUGCAAGUGUAAUAAUAUUCAGCAGUUUAAGGUACUGUACCACAUUUACUUAUUGUUUGCCAGCCUAUAAAGCACACACAAAAGAAUUACAAGACAAAUUAAAUGACAAAAGUCAUUGAAAAUACAAGCCCAAUUUUUUGUUAGAUUUAUCAGAUGUAAACUUCCUUUGUCAAGUUACUACAUUUAAAAUAGUUUAUUUUAAAUUUUAAUACCUAUCAUGUAAACCAUGACUGGCAGUGGUCUAUGAACCACACUGUGAACACAAGAGUGUUAAAAAGAAAGGAGGUGUGAACUGUGUUUCUCAUUGCAAAUAUGGAAUGAAAAUUAUUUGUUACCUCCUCAAAGUUAACCACAAUUGUGACUUCUAACAUUACAAAUUAGUUUUUCAAUAUUAUAAACUUUUAUAUAAAUUGAAUUAUAUACCAUGUAUUUUUAUAUAUAUGGCUUGUUUCAUUAAUCAUUAUGUCUCUAAAACUCAUUAGCGCAUGUAGCAGAAGUUAAUUCAUUUUCAUUCUGUAUAGAAUACCAUUCAUUAUAUGAUUAUAUCACAUCACAUCCAUUGUUGGUGAACUUUUUUAUUCUUUACAGCUUAGGGUCAUAAUAAAUUCUUCUGUGAACAUA